AUGGGUUUUUGCAUCAUCAACGAGUGCAAGGACAUGUCUCUGUGGGACGUGCUGGCAUGGCACCGCCCUCAAGUCACUGGUGUCCUCCUUGGCAGCACGCUCUCCAUCAUCCUCUUCUACUGUUUUAUGGAGUAUACGAUGGUGACGUUCCUCUGCCGCAUUCUGCAGGUGACCCUCCUGGUCGGGGUGCUACUUGGCUUCACAAAGAGAUGCAGCUUCACGCAGGACGACAUCCACGGGGCCGUCGAUCGCUUUGUUGACUGUGCCACACCACGCGCAGUUGCGGCCCUGCAGCACGCGUACCAGCUCGCCACGUGGCACGACUACCGCGCUUCAGGGCAGGUGCUUGGGCUAAGUAUUGUUGCUGGCUUCCUCGGCAACAUGCUGUCCGACGGCACCCUCGUGGUGAUGGUCGUUGUGUUGGCAUUCAGCCUGCCAGCAGUGUACGAGAAGAAGAAGGACAUGAUCGACGCGUGGGUUGCAGAGGCGGAGGCUUUCAUUGAGAAGUAUGUCGGGACGAUCCGGACGAAGGUUGACGAGGUCGUCAAGAAGAAUGAGUAG